CGGGGGCGGGGGAGAAGAUGGCGGCCUCCAGGAGGAGCUGCCGCUACUGAGGCGACGGACUGGGAAGCGGCUCUGGGCGGUGAGAGCCGAGGCAGGGACAGCUCCGGCUAGUUUGCGGCAGAGCUCUCAAGCUCCGACUUGACGGCAGCCACACUGAGAGGGAGGGGACAGUGGGGGGAGUGGCCGGUCUGGCCCGCUGGAGGGACUGGAGCCGAACCAGAUAAUCUCCGAGGCCCCUACCGAGGCAGUUGGCCUGCCUUCUGGGCUGAGUUUUCAGUUUGACCUUGAGUUCCCCAACCAUGGAGCCUGUAGAAUCUGGAAGUACUGCGGAUGAGGAGGAGGAGCGGGUGAUGGAGCAAAGACCUCGGACACGAUCCAACCCAGAGGGAGCUGAAGACCGAGCCCUAAGUGCCCAAGCGAGUGUGGGGAACCGGAGUGAAGGGGAGGGUGAGGCAGCCAGUGCUGAUGACAGCCCACAGAACCCACCUAGCAUCAAUGGGAAAUCUUGGCAGGUGCCACCACAGACUCCAGAAUUUCAGGUCCGGACUCCCAGGGUCAAUUGCCCAGAGAAGGUGAUUAUAUGCCUGGACCUGUCCGAGGAAAUGUCUUUGCCAAAACUGGAGUCAUUUAAUGGCUCAAAAACCAAUGCUCUGAAUGUAUCCCAGAAGAUGAUUGAGAUGUUUGUUCGGACAAAACACAAGAUUGACAAGUGCCACGAGUUUGCCCUGGUGGUGGUAAACGACGACACCACUUGGCUCUCAGGCUUGACCUCUGAUCCCAGGGAACUGUGCAGCUGCCUCUACGACCUCGAAACUGCUACCUGCAUGGCCUUCAACAGCCUGUUCAACCUUAUACAGCAAAAGAUUGAGCUUCCAGUCACAGAGAAUGUCCAGACCAUCCCACCACCAUAUGUAGUGCGGACCAUCUUGGUGUAUAGUCGCCCUGCCUGCCAGGCCCAGUUUGCCAUGAUGGAACCCAUAAAGAAAAUGCUUCAGUGUCCAUAUUUCUUUUUUGAUGUGGUAUAUAUACACAAUGGCACUGAGGAAAAAGAAGAGGAGACCAGCUGGAAGGACACAUACGCCCUCUUUGGAGGCUUGGAUUCCAAAGGCACCAGCUACAAGUAUGAGGUUUCGCUAACAGGGCCGGCUGUGGAACUGCACAACUGCAUGGCCAAGCUGCUGGCCCACCCGUUGCAAAGACCUUUCCAGACACAUGCCUCUUACAGCCUCCUAGAGGAAGAAGAGCCAGCUGAAAUGGAAGCCACCGUUUGAGACCUGCCUCAAGUCUCCAGGUUCUUCCAUCUCCUCCUUUGCCUGGGAUAGGCCCUGGAGAAGGGUCCUUAAGAACAGUGGAGAUGAUGGCUUUUGGGGGAGGUCCAAUCAAUGACUGAUCUGGGUACAUGGGCCUGUGUUGCCACAAUGCUAAAUGCAGCCUGUGGGCCCUGUGAUACAUAUUUUGACUAUUAAACUGUCAGUAUCA